AUGGAGGACGUGCCGACCGGGGCGGAGUGCAUCGCGCGGCGGUGCGGGUGGGUGAUAUGGACUUCCGUAGUCGUGCGCCUCCUGCGCUACGGUCCCGGCGACUCCUCCCGGCCGCAUUGCGACGGGCGCUUCGCCAGCGCCGACGGCCGCGAGAACAGCUUCCUCACCGUGCGCCUAUACCCCAACGGCGGCGCUAAGCGGAUCUCGGCUGAUUUUCGCGAUCCCCGAGCUGUCGGGCUUUAA